UCUCUCACACGUCUUUUCCAUGAUCUUUCUCCCCCUCUCAAACUACUCUGGAACCAUCUCUCUCACCUCCCUCCCACUAUCUCCAAACAGACAUAUCUUCUCCUACAAUAUUUUGUUUAAGGUUUAGUGGUAGGUAGUGAUUAUAAUUUAUACAUUUGAGGUUUAAUCUCCCCCUCAACACUAAAACAAAAGAAAGGAUGGGGUGAGGCUAUCAUUGACGGUUGAAGCUUCAUUCUCACCAGCAACCACCGUUGAAUCAGGGCUCUGCAGAUCACAAAACCAUUCUCUUUUCAAACUCUUUUUCCGAACCCGAGUUUCCAUGGCUAAAUCAGUUUCUCCUUUCUUGUCGAAGCUCCCUAUGUUGAUUACAGCCUUCCUGCUAUUCACUAAUGCUUAUGGGACAUUAGGCUGCAGCUACAAAUCCAUCAUCAGCUUCGGCGAUUCCCUCGCCGAUACCGGAAACAGUCUUCACAGCGGAGGUGGUCGAAUAGCCAACUUGCCCUACGGGGAGACUUAUUUCCAUAAACCCACAGGUCGAUUCUCAGACGGCCGCCUGAUCAUCGAUUUCAUCGCUGAGUCUCUGGGGCUUCCAUUGGUGCCUCCAUACCUUGGAGGCGGCGACUUUAAGCAAGGCGUGAAUUUUGCAGUGGGAGGAGCUACGGCGCUUAAGGCUUCCUCCUUUGAAGAGAUGGGAGAUAUCAAUUUCGGCUCCACUAACUCUCUGGAUAUUCAGCUCGGAUGGUUCCAAAAGCUAAUGCCUUCUCUUUGCGACUCUACCUCAGACUGCAAUGAAUUCUUUGGAAAAUCUCUAUUUCUUGUUGGAGAGAUUGGAGGGAACGAUUACAAUUACCCAUUUUUUCAAGGAAAAAGCUUUGAAAUGAUUCAAGCCUUGGUUCCUCAAGUCAUCACUACCAUCUCUUCAGCUAUUACCACAUUAAUCUCUCAUGGUGCUGCAACACUUGUUGUUCCUGGGAACCUACCAAUUGGAUGCUCUGUUGUUUAUCUACAAAUUUUUGAGAGCCAAAACAAGGAUGAUUAUGACCCUCAAACUGGUUGCUUGAAUUGGUUGAAUGAGUUCUCACAGUACCAUAAUAGUCAACUUCAGAAAGAGCUUGAUCGACUACAAACUCUUUACCCUGAUACCACCAUUGUCUAUGCUGAUUACUACAAUGCUUCCAUGCUCUUUUAUAGCUCUCCAGACCAAUAUGGAUUUAGUGGACCUACUGACAAAGCAUGCUGUGGAAGGGGUUUUGGAUCUGAUCAAGUAUGUGGUUCUCUUGGUGCAAGUGUUUGCAGUGAUCCAUCUUCAUACGUGGGCUGGGAUGGCAUUCAUUUAACUGAAGCAGCUUAUAGAUGGAUGGCAAUGGGUUUUCUACAAGGACCAUAUAUUGUCCCUCGCAUCAAUGUCUCAUGUGUACCACUGUCAAAUAAAGUUUCCGAUUAUUCAUUAGCACAGAUGUGAAUAGAGUAUUCUUACUGUGGCUAUCUUCUCCUUCUUCACUCACUUACUCCAUGAGUAGGCCAUUGAAGGUUUCUCUUGAAACUAGGAGUUGGACAAACCUAGUAUUGUGUAAAACUUAUAUAAAUUGAAAUGCAAGGGGAAAAGGUUGUUUGCACAACCCUAGUAGAAGGGGUUUUAUUGACAA